AUGAAGAGCUUCAUCGCUACGGCGAGUGCCGUUCUCUUCGCAGCACAAGCUGUGUCGCAAUCGCUUCCUCAGGUUGAUCUAGGCUAUGAGAUACAUCAAGCAAUUUCAUUUAAUAACCGAUCCAAUACAUACAAUUUCAACAACAUUCGUUUCGCGCAACCACCGGUUGGUGAUCUUAGAUUCGCAGCACCUGUCGCCCCGACUGGUCGCAAUCCUGUGGUUCAGAAUGGCAGUUUCAGUCCUAUCUGUCCCCAAGCUCUGCCCGGAUGGUCACCAGUAGGCAAUGCCUUUGCAGCGGCUUUCGCAGCAGGCAACGCGUCCACUUUUAACUACACAGCAGCCGUGGCAGCUGCACAAGCAGCCGCAGCUACAGCUGCCCCAUAUCAACCCAGUCCCCAAGAAACAGAGGAUUGUUUGUUCCUCGACGUGGUAGUACCCAGACCUAUUUUUGACAACGCAAACUCAAACAGUAUGCGUCGCAAACGAGCUAGUGGACCAGGUGCUCCUGUUCUAAUCUGGAUAUAUGGUGGUGGUUAUGUAGCUGGUUCUAAGCAGCAAGGUGGAAUUUACAAUCCCUCUGGCUUGAUCAAUGCUUCCCUCGCCAACGGUGGACAAGGUAUUGUCUACGUCGCUCUCAACUACCGCCUUGGAGCCUUAGGCUGGUUGUCAGGACCAUCUUUCCAAGGACAAGGUGGCAUUUCAAAUGCAGCUCUAUAUGACCAAAGGCUGGGCAUUGAGUGGGUCAAGCAAAACAUCCACCUUUUCGGUGGUGAUCCAAAUCAAAUUACAUUGAUAGGCGAAUCUGCUGGUGGCGGCAGUAUCAUGCACCAAAUAACAGCUUACGGCGGAUUAAGACCGGUUUCUUUCCAGCGUGCCAUCCCACAGUCACCGGGUUGGCUACCAGUCUCGGACCAGUACACGCAAGAGAACCACACGAAUAUAUUCUUCCGCAACCUCAACGUCUCCUCUUUGGCGGAAGCUCGUGCAGCCUCCUCGGCGGCUGUCGUGCGUGCCAACCUUCUCACUGUCUACAAUGCAAACUAUGGUUCAUACAUCUUUGGUCCUACCGUUGACGGCGUCUUCGUGCCUGCUCAGCCGGGUCUAAGUCUGCUUACCAAUAUCUCGUAUGCCAAGAACAUCUCUGUCAUGCCAGGCCACAAUACGAAUGAAAGUCCUCUCUUUGCGCCUCCUUAUGUACAGACUGACGACCAGCUGACUGCCUACAUUACAAGCACCUAUCAUACAGCCACUCCUCAGAUCGUCAAUUACAUCGUCAAUACACUUUACCCAGCAGUCUACAAUGGUACAUAUCCCUGGAGAAGCCCAAUAGACCGCACUCUCAAGCUCGUCACAGAGUCAGUCUUCUCAUGCAACACAAACUAUCUCGCUCGUGCAUACAACAACCAGACGCACAACUACCAGUUCGCUGUUCCGCCAGCCCUACAUGGGCAAGAUAUCUACAGUACCUUUUACCAAGGCCAGGGAACGAAUCUGUCGCAAGGAAUAUAUGCACCUGUUGCAAAUGCGCUGCAGACAUACAUUACCAACUUCGCGAUGACCGCAGACCCCAAUAGACCGAGCCUGAAUAGUGCCGGUGGAUCUGUGCCUUACUUUCCAGUGCAGGGUAACAAUGCGACACUGAUGAUGUUGAACUACACUGUCACCAGUCCGACGAGUGUCGUACCAGCAAUUGGGCUGGCGAGGGAUGAAACAGUCAAUGAACGAUGUACGUUCUGGCAGAAGUCAUUGUAUACAUAG